AUGGCGAGUUACGCGACUUGCCAUGAAGUUAGCCCUCUUUGCCCGGUUGAGGCUACAACAAACGGCUACUACCCUAAUCUUGGUGGAAACAUCUUCUUCGUCGUGUUCUUCGGUGUUCUCGGAAUAGCGCAACUUGGACUCGGUGUUUACUAUCGAACAUGGACAUUCUUAACAGCUCUGCUUAUCGGUACAUUCAUGGAAAUGGCCGGAUACAUUGGCCGAGUUCUUAUGCACGAUAAUCCCUGGUCCGCACCUGCAUUCAAGCUACAGAUCGUGUGUCUGGUUCUGGCACCCACCUUUGUCGCCGCGGGUGUCUACCUGACCUUGAAACAUGUCAUUCUGAACCUUGGACCCCAACAUUCAAUCUUGAAACCGCGCCUUUUCACCUGGAUCUUCAUUGGUUGUGAUAUCGGAUCGCUUGUCCUACAGGCUGCAGGAGGUGGAGUGGCUGCGGCCGCUGGAAAUGAUGACAUGGCCAUGCUCAAGGCCGGAGACGAUAUUAUCAUCGCCGGUAUCGCCUUCCAGGUUGCAACUAUGGCUGUGUGUGGAGUCUUUGCCCUCAUUUUCUUCAUCAGGGUGUUCAAGCGUGGCGAUGGGUUUGCGGGAGAGAAAAACCUUGACACUGGUGUUUCGUCCGUUGUUCCCAAACAGAUGCCAUUCCUUGUGGGCGCCGAAAUUUUCGCCUAUUUCACUGUGUUGAUUCGGUGUAUUUAUCGUAUUCCGGAGAUGGCUGGUGGCUGGGGAAACCCUUUGAUGCAGAAGGAAAAUGAGUUCCUUGUUCUGGAUGGAAUGAUGAUUGCGCUGGCUUGCUUGGCCUUGACCAUUUUCCACCCUGGCAUUUUCCUCCCAUCAAUUCGCACUGCCUCCAAAAAGCACACCUAA